AUGGCCUUCAUGUACGUGGGCACAGCAGCGCAAGAAGUCGACGGCAAUACCAUGGCCGUCGAGGACGUCGUCCGCCUGGGCGGCGGCAAACCAGACGACUGGGGCGUGCCCAACAGCGAGAGUUACAAGGCCGCCAACACCGUCCAGCAUGACGAACCCCCUCUUAACGGCGAAGAUGAGACCAAGCCGGUUCGCGGUCGCCCCGACAUUCCCGUCAAUUCCAAACUCGCCGAUCUUGUGGUGGACGCCCUCGCCGGUGACAAACCCGUCCGCCCGCGCCUCCAAGGCGCACGCUACCCGGGCCGCGCCCCCGCCGGCCGGUCGUCGUCUCACAUUUCCAAGAACACCGAGGUCACCGUGACCUCCGUCGUGGGUGCCAAAGAGAGCGCCGCUGCCAAGAAGGAGGCCGCGGCUGCCAAGAAGCGUGAGGCGGAGGAGAGGAAGGCGGCGGAGAAGGCCGCCAAGAUUCUAGCUGCCAAAGAGAAAAGGGUUGCCGAUGCUGAGGCCCGAUUUCGCAAGGCCCAGCAGGAACUUCGCCGCGUUAUCGGCAGUCCUGAACCUGAGGUUGAACUGGAGGUCAGGACUCCUGCUCCAAAAGCUCCUGCCGGUCCGAAGGGUUCGGCCAAGCGCUCCACUCCGGCUCCGGCCUCUGGCCGCCCGGAAAAGAGAACUCGGUCGACUCCCUAG